AUGAGGGAGAAAGAGAGGGAGCGCGCUUUUGACAUUGACGUGGUAAAAUCCACCAUUGCUUCACUGGCACCAGUUCAGGUGGUGCUGGGUACCCUCGACAAGUGGUUUGGUGGCAUUUUUGAUGCCGCUAAGCUCAUCCACCCCGGUGGCAGUUAUAGGAGGCCUGACAUUCGAAUGGGUACAAGUGGCAAGUUCAUGUACUCCACCUCCACGCAGAAAGAUGGGAGAGGAAGCAAGCCCUCCUCAUAUAGAGACCAAAGUGUUUUGAGAUGGCAGACACGGUUUGAACACCACACCUCAUCGGGGUGCACCGCUCAUUCCACAAUGAUGAAAAAUUAUUGCCUCGUCUUUGGCCUUGAUGACGUCACUUCCUCCACUUUACCCGACGACGAGCAGAGGGCGGGUCUUUCUGUCACCGCAGUUGUCAUGGUGUCUCAACAAUGGCUGCAGAUCCUCAGCUCCUCUGUCAAGUACUCAGGAAGCCCAACCAAUAAAAGCGAUGUCACCCAUACCACCAAGUUGGUGAUGAUAAGGCAUUGGAGAACCUGUUGCCAAAGCGGUGGAGGAGUUGAAAGACCGAACCUCACAAUUCUUCCCCAUGUGAAUAAUGAAAUCUGCUCUCCCUCCUCCUCCUCCUCUUCUAAUAGUGCUGUGGUGGACCGGUGUUAUCGCGCGGGACUGAGAGCCUUCCAAGCCUUUAACAAUCUAGUUAGUCAAAGAGUCAGUAAAGACGAUCUCCGGGGCGGAAAUGUAAUUGUCUCGUUCUUCGCCUUCGCCUACCUUAGGAUGGAUCAGCACUCAGGGCAGUCCAAUCUGGGUGUUCACCUCCAUGUCUACGGAUCUCGUACACAUCGCAGUUAUGCCCCUGCGAGCCUUUUCGUUACCCUGGGACGAAACAAAACUUCCGGCGAGGGACUUCACGUGGCUGCAGCCAGAAUGACUGGUGAAGUGGUGGACGUAUUUACUUGCACAGAGCACUGCGAUUGUCAGACACCAGGCAGCUUUCGGCGACGCGAUGUGAGCCACGGCGACGAGGCAGCACUGUGGGAUGGUCGCCAAAAUACGAUGUCGUUCCCCCAGCCAACAAAUUUCCUACUUGUCAUAGCUGCUCUGAUAUACUUCUGCGUGGUCUGCGUCAACUCGCACACCCUCGACAGCAGCUGGAGUGACAGCGACUCUUCGGACAUGGAAAUAGGCGAGAACGAGGCAUUGGUGAAAGACUUAGUUGCUACAAUGGGCAACCUGUCUCCAGAUCAGCGUCAUGCUGUCAUGAAGUUCAUUAAGUCCGUCUAUCUGGUAGGCCUCUGCCAUCUCUUUUGA